GACGCCCAUGGUUGCAAGACGCCGUAGGAACAAUUACAAAUAAAGCGUGGAAUCCUACGGGUGAGGAAAGGUGUUGUGAAAAGCAGGAUGUCUUAUCCCUCCUUUCAAGAUGUCGGAGAAUCUAAGGCGUUUGUUGUUGUUUUUUUUAUCCUCGUACUCUCUGAGUGUUUGUUAAUCGUGGAAUUCGACAGAGAAGAAGAAGAAGGAUGAAGAGAAAUAGGAGGAGGAGGAAAAGAAGAAGAAGAGAGAAAAAGGAGAAGAAGAAGAAAAGAAGUAGAAGAAUAUGGAGAAGAAAAACAGGAAAAGAAAACUAUUUAUACAAUUUCUCAAAACAAGUCAACGUAUCUACGCAUAUAAUUAAUAAUUUCCGGAAAGAAACAAGGCCUAUUAUGUAUGUAAGUUGGUAAGUUACCGCGCAGUGACAUCACGGGAAAUCCUUAGCCCAGCGGCCUCUAACUCAGGUAUAUAAAGAUACGAUAGAGAAAACACGCGCCAUAUUUCUUCCAGCGUUAAGGAAAUAAGUCUUCUCAGUCGACAGAGAGGGAUCUUCACAAAACACCAGAAAAAAAUGGCGACCCGUUUAUUCUCCUUGAUAUUCCUGGCUUUGGGAUGCGUUGGCGCCAAAGCUUUUCAGUUCCAGACGCGAGAAAGUCCCGCGCUCCGCCACGAGUCCUGUCUCGGCUUCUCGAAGUUACUCAUCAACCAGACGGGAUACACUCAGUACGCACACUAUUACACCGACAUCCCUGAACUGACUGGAUUCACCAUGCAUUACUGGUUCAAAUUGAAUAAGAAUUUCCGAAGUGCGACCACGUUCAACUAUGCACUUGACGCCGAAGUGAACACAGACAACGUGACCCUCCAGCUCCACCAAGGGAAGCAGCUCCACUCUCCCUCCCACUGGACGCUCCACAUCAACGACGUCCUGGUGGUUCGUUUGGAGUCCCCCCCUGUCCUGGCCGGGAGGUGGCACCACAUGCUCCACUCCUGGGAUUCUACUCAGGGCGCGUGGAGUGUGUUCAUGGACGGCGGGUUGCUUGGGUAUGGGUACAGCGAAGAGGGUCGCGGUCUGGUGAUCCCUGCAGGAGGCAUCGCGGUCUCGGGCCAGCACCAGAACACGGCCCAGUUCAACGGCAUGGACCAAGGCGAGGGCAUCGAAGGCUGGUUCACCCUGUUCAACAUGUUCUCGCGGCCCCUCCUCUACCCCAAUUCCAGGGGCACCCUCGCCGCCGUCGCCAGGAUCGCCAGGCAGUGCUCACCCGACCAGCCUGAGGGGGACGUCAUCAGCUGGAGGAGCACCCCGCGGAAGGGUUAUGGGGGAAUCAUGGAGACCCCAGCCAUUCCCGUCUGUGGGAAAUUCUAAUGGGAGGGCUACGUCUGAGGAGGAUGUGCUCAGGUGCCUUUGUACAUUAUUAAAGAAUAAAGAAAGAU